UCUCCUGGGACCGAAGGAGGGAACAGGAAGGAGAAGGAAGAGGCGGGGCUGUGACCGUGCCCGGAGUGCUGCCGGGCUGCCGGGUCCCUGCUCUGGGUACUUCUCUGCUUUCGGGCGUCUCGUCUAGAAGCUGCAGCCUGGCCUGUCUCACCUCUACACAGAGGGGCCGCUGGGGCCUGACGGAAAAAGGUCCACGCGCCCGAUGGCCGGCCCGGGGUGGACGCUGCUGCUACUGCUGCUGCUGCUGCUGGGGUCCAUGGCAGGGCAUGGGCUGCAGAAGAAGCAGUUGAACCUGUCCCAUAAGGGCAUCGGGGAGCCAUGCGGGAGCCACGAGGAGUGCCAGAGCAACUGCUGUACCAUCAACAGCCUGGACCCACACACGUUCUGCACCCCUAAGACCAUCUUCCUGCAGUGCCUUCCCUGGAGGAAGCCCAAUGGGUAUAGAUGCUCGCACGACUCAGAGUGCCAGAGCAACUGCUGCGUCCGCAACAACAGCAGCCCGCAGGAGUUGUGCACGCCCCAAACCGUCUUCCUGCAGUGUGUGCCCUGGCGCAAGCCCAACGGCGACUUCUGCAGCAGCCAUCAGGAGUGUAACAGCCAGUGCUGCAUCCAGCUGAGGGAGUACAGCCCCUUCCGCUGCAUGCCCCGUACCGGGAUCCUGGCCCAGUGCCUGCCCCUGUGAUGCGAGCUGGAACCUGGGCGUGAGGGGCCGGCCUGGGCCCUGGGAUGUUCACGCAGGACCGCGUUGUGCUGGGGCCGGUUCCGGUGGAAGCUUCCCUUACGGUUUGUGCUGCUGUUUCUGGGGCUCUGAAAAUCUGUGGGAACUGAAAGGCUAUGACCAGCCUGGUGGCGCGAAGUGUCUGUGAGAACAAAUCCCAGGCACCCGGGUGUAGCCUGACGGUUAAACAUCAAUAAAGGCUCUUGGCCGACUGA